GGAGAAUAAGUCCAUUGGUCAAAGAAAUAAUGAAAUAUCAAGUAUCAACCUUUCCAAUGUCAGGCUCGCUGUCGCAGCUUGUCAAGAUUGAUAGUGGCACGCAAAAGAAUGACCUUCAGGUUUUCUGUAAAAGCCAAAACGUCACCGCCUUUCUAAACAAUCUUAGAACGGCCGUGACAAACUGUUAAAAGUCAAACUCCUAUUGUAAAACGCUGCGUUUCAUUGACAAUGACGCUGAAUGACUCAUAGAAGUUUGUAAUGACCUUGUCCUUCACCCACGGAAAUCAGAAUCUUUCGCUCUGCAAACUGCAAUUCCAUGGAAUCUAAAGAUCUAACAGCUCCCGCUACCACAGCUUCGCAAACCUCCAAAAGCCCAAUUGAACCGAAAUCUAAUAACAGAGACUUCCUGAACCAUCUAGAAGCGUACCUGGCAAAACGCGAUGGUGUGGACAAGCUUCUCAAAAUCUCCAGAUAUGCAAGCAAGAUCAUUUUAGCCUCUUCAGUGCUCCCUGAAACUCUUACUUUGACAGGAAGACUCAAGAGCUUCGAGGCCAGUGUGGGACUGAGUCGUAAAGCCUUUCGACUGGGUAAAUUCAUUCAAGAUGUAAACGCUUUGCGGAAUUCCCAUAUAGAUUCCAGAGAAGACCUUUUUCUCUCUAUUAUUGCUUAUGGAGGCGAAGGUUUGUAUUAUUUUGUUGAACAGUUCAUUUGGUUGGCUAAGUCGGGAUUAAUCGAUGCUAAACACUCGCGUAAUUUACAAAAGAUUAGCGCUUGGGCUGAAUUUAUUGGUUAUAUUGGUAGUGUUAGCAUAAAAUUCAAGGAUUUGAAGAAGAUUAUAAAUGAAGAAGCGUGUUUGGCAUCGACUAUAGAGAUUGCGAUUACGAGAGGAAAUGGAUAUAGAGAAGAAGAGCAGAAGAUGAAGAAAUUGAGAGAAAAGAAGUUGAUGAAGAAACUUUCAAUUGUUCAAGAUUUGGCUGAUGGGUUGAUGGCUGUAGCUGAUAUUCGUGAUGGGAAGGGAAUCCUUUCGGCUCCGCUUUUUGUGGCCUCUGCGGGUCUUUUAUCGGCCAUCAUUAGUACUCAUAAGAAUUGGGUAUCUUGCUGAGUUUCACAAGGUACGGUUGUUUCAGAAUUUGGAAUUUGUUUCUUUUGUUGAAUUAUGAACUUUAUAAGCGAUAAUUUCAUAAUGCAGUUAUUCGAUUAUAGCUGCCUUUGUGACAGUGAUCAAGAGUGAGAGGAUUCUUGUACUGUUAGUGUAGGAUUAUAAAAUGUGAUGUGAACCCAUGUAAAUUUUUGGGUUCUCUUUAUGUCGUUUCAUUUCUCUGGAAUAAAACUACAGUUGCGCUGGGAUCCA